AUGAGCGUACCAGUGGGUUAUAAGUUUAGGCCUACAGACCAAGAACUUGUUAUCGACUAUCUUGAGAGCAAGUCCGAGGGUAAAGCCCUGCCUUGCGACGUCGUUUUCGAGCGUGAGAUUUACGGGACUGGAAACAAAGCUCUGUGGCAGAUUUUCACCGAAAACGACCCGUGGACAGAAAGCAGCAUCUACGUUCUCUCCAAGUUAAUCAGGGCCAAAGGCAGCGACAAACGGAUAGCUAGAAUGGCUGGCUGUGGCUCGUGGCAUGGAGAGACCAGUCCCGAACCAAUAUACGACCAACAAACCGGUCCUGAACCAAUAUACGAUGAACAUACCAAUCCUAAACUGAUAGGGUACAAGAGGACGAUGUGUUUUUGGACCACGGACGAAUCAGGAGCGAUGGAAAAAGGCCGUUGGAUCAUGCAUGAGUUCGAGCAAUGGCUUAAAGGAGAAUAUAAAUCUACGGGGAGAGCAGAGAAUGUUGAGGCUGCUGCUGCUGAUGUUACGCUCCGGAAACCCGCAGAGCGUACUAGGAGGGAGUCUGAGGAAGAACAGAAGAUGGAAGCACCGGAAACAGAAACUGUUCCUUACUCGCGAGAACUAUCGGAGGCGGAGAAGGAAGAAAAUCAUUCGGGGAUGCUUUUCGACAUGGACGCAGAUCUUGAAGAACAAGUUCCUAUGUUGGAGCAGCUACGAAGUUUCGGUCUUGAUUUUGAUGUGUCGGUCCCUCAAAUCCUAUCUUGGCUUCCCCUGACACCUUUCUCUGAAGAAUUUUCGGAAGCGGAAAAGCAAGGAAACUAUUCACAAAUGCUUCUUGACAUGGAUGCGGAUCUUGAAGAACAAGUUCCUAUAUUGGAGUUGGAGUAG